CAAACCAAAAUUUCCUCAAUCACUGGAACGUCACCUCUCUCUCUCUCUCUCUCUCUCUCUCUUCUCUGUUUCGUUCUCUCUCUUACUACAUUUACACAUUUGUCAAAAAAAAACACGCGAUUGAACACCUCACUUGCAACAGAUAGACGAUGCAGCCAGCGCAGUAAAAUUAUUUCUCGAAAUCGAUUUUAAUGAAUUCAGGUUCGUGCUUAUCUGUGACUGUGUGUUUGUGCGCAUCUCACCACACAUUUAUACGCUUAUUCGCACAAUAGACACGUAUCUAUCCUAUCACACAAAUCCUGAAGGUCUGUUUGAAUGCAAAAUCUGCACACAGCUCUGAAUUUUUUUUGGCUUCUGCAAUUUCACAUGGAUCAAGGCAUGGUCGUCGAAUCGUAUAAUGUCGGUUAGGUUUUGGAAACGUAAUUUAGGGAAAAAAAAUAGGUGUAGCGGUGGCGAGAUUUCUACGUGCAUCGAGACUCGAAUUAAUACUUUAUUUUUAAUUUACUGAUAUUUUGUAGCACAAAACGAUAAGGCGUAUCACAAGAGUAAAUGAUAAUCGAAGAUCGGUCUGCUUCUGUCAUGUUCCUUAUGAUUUGAAUCACAAUUUUUAGCUAUUAUUUUACCACUUGAUUUGAUUCAUCUAUUUUAUUUAUUGUCAAUGAUGCUCUAUCACUUGUUGGAAUUCCUCGUAAUCGACGUGAAAUUUAUGUUAAUGAUGCUAUCCAACACGAUUAUGACACAAAUGCACAUGAAGCAGAUGACGAUGCGUGUUUAAUUAGUUGACACAAUCUUUUUUGGAUCACUUUCCUUGGAAUUUUAAGCGUGAUUCAUGUUUUUGACAUUUAGUUCUUGCUUUUUUCGACUUGCUAAGCUAAUAAGGGUGAUUAAUCUGGAAUAUUAGGAAAUUUAGGUAACCAUGCUUCUCUAAGGUGUGUCAUGAAGUGUGUGUAAUUUCAGGUAUCUUAAUGUAUUGAGAUAAGCAUUUUGGUCUUUGCUUUUGGUGGUUUUGCUGCAAAAUGGCUUCAAAUACGACUGUAACAUGCUUACCGCCGAUGAAGGCCACCUCAAAUGGGGUCUUCCAAGGGGAUAAUCCUCUCCACCACGCACUUCCUCUCUUGAUUAUACAGAUAUGCGUUGUGCUGGCGUUGACCCGAUUACUAGCAUUUCUUCUCCGGCCGCUAAGGCAGCCACGUGUCAUUGCUGAGAUUGUUGGAGGCGUUCUACUUGGUCCUUCAGCUUUGGGACGCAACCAUAAAUAUCUUCAUGCCAUUUUCCCACCUAGAAGCCUCACAGUUUUGGAUACUCUUGCCAACCUGGGUCUCUUAUUCUUCCUGUUCCUGGUAGGCCUUGAGUUGGAUCCAAAGUCUCUUCGACAGACUGGAAAGAAAGCCUUAAGUAUUGCUCUAGCAGGAAUCAGUCUCCCAUUUGGUUUAGGAGUUGGGGCAUCAUUUGUGCUCAGGGCUACUAUUUCCCAAGGUGUGAGUCAAGGACCAUUCUUGAUUUUCAUGGGAGUAGCUCUUUCAAUUACUGCAUUUCCUGUUUUGGCUCGUAUUUUGGCUGAACUUAAGCUAUUGACUACAAAUGUUGGUAGAAUAGCCAUGUCAGCUGCGGCAGUCAAUGAUGUGGCUGCAUGGAUUCUUCUUGCUCUUGCUGUUGCCUUAUCAGGCACAGGCCGCUCUCCACUUGUUUCCUUGUGGGUCUUCUUAUGUGGGUUUGGUUUCAUACUGUCAUGCUCGAUUGUUUGCCCUUUUGUUUUCAAAUGGGUUGCUAGACGCUGUCCUGAAGGUGAGCCAGUUGACGAGAUAUAUAUCUGUGCUACACUUGGUGCUGUUUUAGCUGCUGGUCUUGUCACUGAUAUCAUCGGGAUUCAUGCACUUUUUGGUGCCUUUGUUAUGGGCGUUCUUGUUCCAAAGGAGGGAGCAUUUGCAGGAGCCCUUGUGGAAAAAGUAGAGGACAUCGUCUCUGGCCUAUUUCUUCCUUUGUACUUUGUAUCAAGUGGAUUAAAGACAAAUGUAGCCACCAUUCAAGGGCUUCAAUCUUGGGGUCUUCUUGCUCUAGUCAUAUUUACUGCCUGUUUUGGGAAGAUUUUUGGCACUGUUUUGGUCUCUCUCUGCUGCAAGGUUCGGUUUAGAGAGGCGCUAACACUAGGUUUCUUGAUGAACACUAAAGGUUUGGUGGAGCUUAUCGUCCUUAACAUCGGGAAAGAUAGAGGGGUUCUGAAUGAUCAGACUUUUGCGAUUAUGGUUCUCAUGGCGUUAUUCACUACAUUCAUAACGACGCCAGUUGUCGUGGCCGUAUAUAAGCCAGCUGAAAUGGCUAAAUUGGAAUACAAAUACAGAACAAUUCAGAGGAAGGAACCUGACACUCAGCUCAGAAUGUUUAUCUGCUUUCAUAGCACAAGAAAUAUUCCGACAUUGAUUAAUCUGAUGGAGGUUUCGCGUGGUACUGGGAAGAAAGGAGGGCUUCGCAUCUACGCAAUGCACCUAAUGGAGCUGUCUGAAAGAUCAUCAGCGAUUCUGAUGGUGCACAAGGCAAGAAACAACGGGUUGCCAUUUUGGAACAAGGUGAAUUCUGAUGCAAACCAAGUUGUGGUUGCUUUCGAUGCAUUCCAUCACCUCAGUCAAGUUUCCAUACGACCAACAACCGCGAUCUCGCCCUUUUCUAGCAUGCACGAGGACAUUUGCACCAGCGCCGAGAGGAAGAUGGCUGCAAUAAUAAUCCUACCAUUCCAUAAGCACCAGAGAGUCGAUGGACACUUUGAGACAACACGAGCUGACUUCAGGCAUGUCAACCGCAGGGUUCUUGAACACGCCCCAUGUUCUGUUGGCAUAUUGGUGGAUAGAGGGCUAGGAGGCCCGUCGCACAUUUCUGCAAGCAACGUUAACUACACUGUGACAGCAUUCUUCUUUGGAGGCCACGACGACCGUGAAGCCCUAUCUUAUGGGGCGCUCAUGGCUGAGCACACUGGCAUUCGAUUGAAUGCAGUUCGUUUCAUCGUGGACUCCAAGCUCAUCCCGGAUAGCCUUACUUUGGAUGUGAAGGAUGAGUCUCAUGUAGAGGAUACAUCAGACGAAGAGUUUCUUGCAGAGUUUAAGCAGAGAGUAUCGGCCGAUGGUUCGAUAAAAUACGAAGAGGUUGGGGUAGGCAGUGAUGCAGACAUAGUUGGUACAAUCUUCAAAUACAACCGCAGUAAUCUGUUCAUCAUAGGACGAAUGCCAGAGUGUCGGCUAGUUGCAGCGUUCGACAAGAAGAGUGAAUGUCCUGAACUGGGACCGGUGGGGAACUUGCUGAUCUCACCGCAGUUUAAGACCACAGCGUCAGUGCUGGUGGUGCAGCAGUACCGGGGGCAGCUGAUGGGAGACUCGCUGGCGUCGUUGAAGGAGGAGAAUACGUCUGAUACGGAAGCAGAUGAGGCGGCGGCGGCGGCACAGGAGUCGCGUUGAUCUCUAGUUUUGGUGCUGAGUUUGAUCCUGUUUGAGGUAAUGAUAGUAUAUAUAUAAAACAGAUUAUAUUUCGUUGCAAUAAUCUUUCAUUCCUGACCUUUUAUCUGUCAUGCUUUUAAUAUAAAUUGGAUGUUGCUGAAAUAAUGGCUGCAUGUAUUAUGAGUCAGAUGAUAGUAAAUGUAAAUGCUCAACUGACUAUGAUUAUCUCAAAAGAAUUGCAAAUCCCAGAAAGUAGUUGUUUGGGUUCAUUGUUUAUCCAUGUUAUGUUGGUGAAGUGAGGUUAUUUUGUUC